CUUACUAUAUCUACAUCCUCUUUCACAUUUCAAUUCAACCUCACCAACCCAAAUAAUAUCAUAUCACACACCACAAUAGUCUAGUUCAUUAUAAAGAUAUAUUCCCCUAUAUAUAUAUGUAUAUAAGAGCCUUAAUAUCUCUUGCUUAAGAUCCUCUCUCUCUCUCUCUCUCUCUCUCUCUCUCUCUCUCUCUCUCUCUACUGCUGCUGCUGCUGCUGCUACUGCUGCACCAAAAUUAAAGCUCAUCUGAAGAUCAUGGGAACCAUUCAUAUAUGAUAGAUAUAUAUUUAUAUCUUAAUUAGCUUCAUGAUGUUCAUUAACAAUAUUUGAUAUGUAUUUUUUUUAAAAUUUUUUUUUAAUCUAAGUUCUUGAUCACUUCUUCUUUUAUCAAUUAUUAAUGGCCACUCCAUCAAUGCAUAUCUGCAUGGACUCCUCUUCUGAUUGGCUCAAGGGUCUCUUCCCUGAAGAAACCCUAACUCCCUCCUCCUCGGCGGCGGCUGCGGCGGCCUCCGCCGACCUCCUCCUAACGUACCCUACCAUUCCGAUACAUUCGCAACCGCUGUCGGUGCCGCUGCACGAGCGGCGGGCGCGGCAGGGGCCGCCGCACGAGCAGGUGCCGCUGAAGUGCCCGCGGUGCGACUCGACGCACACCAAGUUCUGCUACUACAACAACUACAGCCUCUCGCAGCCGCGCUACUUCUGCAAGACGUGCCGCCGCUACUGGACCAAGGGCGGCUCCCUCCGAAACGUCCCCGUCGGCGGCGGUUGCCGCAAGAACAAGCGCCACCCCCCACCGCCCCACUCCGCCGACAAAAAACCCUCCAAUCACCACCCCCACCACGCCGCCGCCGCCGCCGCCACCUCCUUCGGCCUCCACCUCUCCUUCUCACCACCGCUGCCGACCACCAUCACCACCUGCCACAACUUAAACUUUUUCAAUCACAAGUACAACUCGCUUUUGGACAGUCAGUUUUAUACAUAUGGUAACAACAACAGCAGCAGCAGCGGAAAUAGGAUUUUGAUGGAAGAUCCGGGCAAUACUAUUGCGGAAACGAAGCCGACGACGGCGGAGACAAGGGACUUGCCGUUGCUCGAGUGGCAAGAGCAGUGCUGCGCCGACAUCGUGGGGCGGGAGGCGCCGUGCGCCGGAUUAGGGCUGUGGGCCGCGGCCGGAAUGAUCGGCGGCGGCCACCACGGCCGCUCGCCGGCCUUAUGAAAUAUAUAUAUUGAUAUUUAUUAAGCGACACUGAUGAUCAUAGUUAGCGCAGCUAAGGGGGUGUUUGAUUUGUCGGAAAAGCAUGAAAAAAAUAAUUCGAGAACAAUAAUUUUUAUGAAAAAUCUCUAUUUUAAUUUUCCCUCCGUUUGGUUUCAAGAAAAACUAUGUAAAAAUUAAUAUUUUUGCUUUUCAGAUUUUUUUUUUUUUAAAGAAAAACGAAAAUGCUAGAUUUUUUUAAAACUUUUGAAAUUUUUUUUUUUCAAAAACUAAUUUUUCUUGGAAUCAAAUAGAUAGAACACUAAAAAAGGGAUUUUUCAUGAAAAAAAAGAGUUUCUCGAAAAUAUUUUUUCCAUGCUUUUCCGAGUAACAAAAUAGCCCCUAAUUUCUAAAAGUGUUAACAAGUGUUGCUUAAUUUCCAAAGUACUUGUCCAAGUGGUUUUCUCAACCUUAGCUUGUUUGAAUUAUAGUGUUUAAUUAGUUUUGUUUUUAUCUUUUUAGAGUGGUCAUGUUCUCUUUAUUUGUCUCUAUUAGAAAUAAGAUGAUUAUUUGAAUAGAGAUUAAUGAUGGGUCA